AAUGCCUAUUUAUACAGGUUACCACUUCAAGCAUUUCCAGUCAACUAAGCAUACUUCUUUCUCAUACAGUGAGUGACACGCAUAAACAUAUACAUUGAGCCGUGAGAGAAUAAUCUGGAAAUGGCAAGUCCAAGGUUGUUAGGGACUGCUUUCCUGGUCUUGCUUAUUGCAGACCUCACCUUUGCUGCUAGGACACUGCAGGCAACCGGUGGAGGUGGAGGUGGAGGGCAGGGAGGAGGUGGCGGUGGUGGUUCCGGAUCAGGACUUGGAUCAGGUUAUGGUUCUGGGUCUGGAUACGGGAGCGGUGAGGGAUAUGGUGCUGGUGGUCGUGGAGGAGGCGGAGGCGGGGGUGGAGGCGGUGGAGGUGGCGGUGGCGGUGGCGGGGGAUCCGGAAGUGGGUCGGGAAGUGGAAGUGGGAGUGGGAGUGGAAGUGGGAGUGGAAAUGGGAAUGGAGGUGGAGGAGGAGGAGGUUAUGGCUCUGGAUAUGGAGGAGGGAAAGGUAAAAGAUUGCCUUGA